ACCAACUUCUUCACACCAAGUUACUGGACAACGGAAACACCGAGUGAAUUUAAAGCCAUCAGGUAAAAAAGUAAAAGGAGAAAUGAAGCUAAAACUUUUACUGAAGAGGUUGGGCUCAAUAAUCCGGGCCAUCCUCACUUUCCUCUUUGCUCUGCUGGUCCUGUGUGUGAUGAUGUGGGCCUACGUUCAUGGUUUUCAGCUGGUGACAUCCUCGUAUGGAAUCAUCUCCUUCGGCUUUUACGGAUUACUCCUCGGACUCCACUUGCUGGUCCAGAGUUUCUUUGCCUUUGCUGAACAUCGGCGAAUGAAACAGCGCACAGAGCCUUGUUCUUUCACCAAAACCAUCGGCUUCACAAUAGCUGCCUACCAGGAGGACCCUGAAUAUCUCAAAGAGUGUCUCAACUCCAUCAAAAGCCUCAAAUAUCCUCCUGAGCUACUGCGCAUUGUCAUGGUAGUAGAUGGGAACACCAACGAUGAUCGAUACAUGAUGGAGAUGUUCAGGGAGGUUUUUGCAGACCAAGACCCUGGCUGUUUUGUGUGGAAGUAUAACUACCAUACAUGGGAUCCCAAAAAUGCUCUGGAGGAUGGGGACAUUACAGCAGCAAUGAGUCCAAGAGGAUACACCGAAGAUCCACAACGAAAAAUGGUAGAGGACCUGAUUCGGAGCAAGAGGUGUGUGUGCAUCAUGCAGAAAUGGGGCGGCAAGAGGGAAGUGAUGUACACAGCGUUUAAAGCCCUGGGGUCGACAGUUGACUAUAUACAGGUGUGUGACUCAGACACAAAGCUGGACCCUCUGGCCACAGAAGAGCUGUGUAAAGUGUUGGAGAGUGACCCUAAAUACGGUGCUGUGGGAGGAGAUGUCAUGAUUCUCAAUAGAGAGGACUCUUUCAUCAGUUUCAUGAGCAGUUUGCGCUACUGGAUGGCUUUCAACGUUGAAAGGGCCUGUCAGUCCUUCUUCAACUGUGUGUCCUGCAUCAGCGGCCCUCUGGGUCUGUACAGGAACGACAUCCUUCAGAAUUUUCUGGAGUCUUGGUACAAUCAGAAGUUUUUGGGAACUCACUGCACCUUUGGCGAUGACAGACACCUCACCAAUCGGAUGCUGAGCAUGGGCUAUGCCACAAAAUACACAGCCCGUUCCAAAUGCUACACAGAGACUCCAGCUCAGUUUUUGCGCUGGCUCAACCAGCAGACUCGAUGGACUAAGUCUUACUUCCGAGAGUGGCUCUACAAUGCGAUGUGGUGGCACAAGCACCACCUGUGGAUGACGUAUGAGUCCAUCAUCUCAGGUAUAUUUCCUUUCUUUGUGACUGUUACCAUGAUCAGGUUGUUUUGGACCGGCACGCUGUGGGACAUCCUCUGGAUCCUGUGUUGUAUCCAGAUAAUCGGGCUGGUGAAAGCUUUCUACGCCUGUUUUCUGCGUGGAGACUUUGUGAUGGUGUUUAUGUCCCUCUACUCUGCUCUAUACAUGACCAGCAUGCUACCAGCUAAAUACUUCGCCAUUCUCACCAUAAACAAAAGUAGCUGGGGCACAUCAGGCAGGCGCAAAAUUGUGGGAAAUUACAUACCCCUGCUUCCCCUGUCAGUGUGGGCAUCCGUUUUAUUUGGUGGAGUUGGUUACACAAUCUACAGGGAGAGUUUCAUGGACUGGUCUAGUCCAGCCAAGACUGGAGACAACAUUUCUGAUCUCUGGCUGUGCAGCCUAUAUAUGCUACUGGUUAUUCAUGAUGUUGCUGUACUGGGUUUGGUUCCGUAGGAUAUGUAGGAAACGCUCUCAAAGCUACACAGUUAAUGUGUAGAUUAUGUGUCCAGUGAAG